GGGGCCGUGGCGGGCGCUGCGCGGUUCCGCCGCGCGUCACAGAGCGGCCGGGCGCUGAGGGGGCGGGCGGGAACGGAGCGCCGCUGUGGGAGCGCCGCGACGGGUCCGGGUGCCGCCUCCGGGCCGAGCGAGGCCUCGAGGUUCGCCGGAGCUCGGAGUGCGCGCGGUGCCGUCGCACUGACGAUGCCUGUCUUUUCUCUUUCUCUCUUUUCUCUCUAUUUAUUUUUUCUUUUCUUUUUUUUUUUUUUCUUCUUUUUUUCCGAUCGAAUAGUUCCUACCGCGCUGGAAUCAUUUACGAGCUCCCCGCUAAUUACUCUGAUGCGAUCCUCCUUGUGUGCCGGAGCCGGGCGCUGUGCGGGGCCGCCUUUCCUCCUCACCCCCGGCUGUGCGCGUUGUUUUCCUCACAGAGCAUCGCUCCGGCUUUUUUCCUAUCGAGUAACUUGGAAGUCUGUUGGGUUCUGCUGCUGCUGCUGCCAGUUUUUCUUUUUGAUUCUUUAUUUUUUUUUUUUUGUGACUGUAGGGGUUUAGUUGGGAAGUCAUAGUGGUGUUAAGAGAUCGGUGACACUUCCUCUCUCGUCUCUCAAGGAAAAAAAAAAAAAGAAAUCGUUGCGAAAUUAUAACGCAAAUCUUUACCUAUGCGGGCGUCUUAAAAGUCAGCUCUGUUUCAUUCUGUUACUCCUCAACCGCAGGUUUCAGCUAGAACCUCUCUGAUAGCCCGGGUGUGGAUGGAGAGCAUGAAACAGCCCUGUUAUUCGCAUAGGAAUUCCCAAAAGACACUGAGAGAAAGGAGCAGCAGGGUAUGGGAUAGCCCUGCCUCAGCGCAGUGCAAUUCUAGGUUUGAAUUGUUGCCUUCUUGAACGCUGAGCUGUGUUUGAAAUCGUAUAGUCCCACCCAAAUGAGGUAUUAGCCAGCCCUUAGCAUGGCUGCAAGCUUACGGAGUGACUUCUGAAGUAUUCCAGCACAGCAUUGCGUUCAGUGCGAUGCUCAGAGACAGCCCUGCUCACCACAGGGUGUUGGUACAGCUGGCAUUGCCACGCCAGGCCAUAUGGGGGAAAACACAGCUCAGUUCUUGUUCAUAAGUUAUAGUUCUGUGGGUUUUUCCCCCUUCCCCAGAACCCUUGAUCUUGAAGAUGGUGAGUAGCCAGCCUAAGUACGAUCUAAUACGGGAGGUUGGUCGUGGCAGUUAUGGUGUGGUGUACGAAGCAGUCGUCAGGAAGACCUCUGCACGGGUGGCAGUGAAAAAGAUUCGGUGCCAUGCUCCAGAGAACGUGGAACUAGCUCUGCGUGAGUUCUGGGCACUUAGCAGUAUCAAGAGCCAGCAUCCCAACGUCAUUCACCUGGAGGAGUGCAUCUUGCAGAAAGAUGGCAUGGUGCAGAAGAUGUCACAUGGCUCCAGUUCCUCCCUUUAUUUACAGCUUGUAGAGACCUCAUUAAAAGGAGAAAUAGUCUUUGAUCCCAGAAGCGCUUAUUACCUUUGGUUUGUAAUGGAUUUCUGUGAUGGAGGAGAUAUGAAUGAGUAUCUGUUGUCUCGAAAGCCUAACCGCAAGACCAACACCAGUUUCAUGCUUCAGCUCAGCAGUGCACUGGCUUUCCUGCACAAAAAUCAGAUUAUUCAUCGUGAUCUCAAACCUGACAAUAUUCUGAUAUCGCAGAGCAGGAUGGAUGCCAGUGACUUGGAGCCCACGCUGAAAGUAGCUGACUUUGGGCUGAGUAAGGUAUGUUCAGCUUCAGGACAGAAUCCCGAGGAACCAGUCAACGUAAAUAAGUGUUUUCUAUCGACUGCGUGUGGGACUGACUUCUAUAUGGCCCCCGAAGUCUGGGAAGGACACUACACUGCCAAAGCAGACAUUUUUGCACUGGGGAUCAUAAUCUGGGCAAUGCUAGAAAGGAUCACAUUCAUAGACACAGAGACAAAGAAAGAACUCCUGGGUAGUUACGUCAAGCAGGGGUCAGCAAUCGUGCCUGUUGGAGAGGCACUGCUAGAAAACCCUAAGAUGGAACUGCUCAUCCCUGUAAAGAAAAAAUCCAUGAAUGCACAGAUGAAACAGUUGAUUAAGGAAAUGCUGGCUGCCAACCCGCAGGACCGUCCUGAUGCUUUUGAACUAGAGCUGCGAUUAGUCAACAUAGCUUUUAAAGACAGCAGCUGGGACACGUGAGCUGCAGAGCGGUCGUCUCUUGGAAGAGCUGCUCCUUGCCCAGCAGAUGGUGCAACUUAAUGGCAGUAAAGAAACGAGCCUGAUCUCAGACCUGCAGGGUGUAGUUUCUAUUGAUGGAAUUUUGUUUGAGUUCCAUACGUUAUAAGAAUGUGAGUUGGCAGUUGUGUUAGAGAUGCUUUGUGUUUGUUUCCAGGAUGUUACGUGUUAAGUCUUAAGAUGUGACAAUGUUCAUUUGUGUACGUUGGCAGUGGGACAUCCUAAGAGCUGAGACUUGAUUUCCAGCCAGAUCUCAGAGUAUUUAAUACAUUCCUGUUUCCUAUAUCAGUAUUAGGAACUCUCCUGGAAGAAGAGAUUUGCAUGCUGGUAGUGCAAAUCUUCAGGUUUGUAAAGUUAAUUGUGUACAUAUUUAUGCAUAUGAGUGACCGAGAGCGUAUGCCUGCAAGCGUGUUGCAUUCCAUGAGGAAAUGACACUUUUCCUAAAUUAUUUGCUGUGGAUCUGAAUGUUUGGGUUCUGCUAGAAAACUGGGUGAAGAAGAUGGAUGAGAAUCAUUCCUUCUCUGGUCCGGGAUAACUUUAUUAUUUAUUUUUAUCUAAUGUUAAAGGUAGGGUCUGAGACUUGACUUUGUGAGCAAGAAAUACAAUGCAAGUGUGUCAGCAGCUCUGAGAGUGCUGAGGUGGCCAAGCUUUGCACUCACAGCUCAAGGAGCUCAGCACUGAGGGAGUCCAAUGCCAAGUGUGUGCAUCUGGGUGCUAGCAUGUUGGUGAGGUCAUUAAUCAUUCAAUUUUGCUUUCUCCUACUAAUCAAAUACUUUAUUAAUCCACUAAUCUACAGUUUCACAACAUGGUCACUGUUCUUCUACCUACAGUCCAGCAGCGAACUGAGUACUUAGAAUAGGAGAGUACUGUGAGCUUCCAUCAUGAGAAUGUGAACGCCUGGUGAGGGAAUCCAGCAGCAUUGAAGCACUGGAUUUAAGAGCACUCGGAGUUAUGGUUCCAGCACAGCUCUUCCUUUUUGAUGCUGACUGUCAUCUGGGAGCGAUGAGGAGAAAAAGAGGUGACUGUCUCAUGGAACACACAUUCUCUUGUGUGCAUAAGCAGUGCAGGCAGAAUAACUGCUUGUUCCUCAAGAAGCAAAGGAUUCUAACUCUGUCAGAAGUCUGUGGCUGUACAGGCUGCAGCAGUAGUUUUGAGCUGUAGCUCUGACCUGGUGCAGCACUGGUGGCAGCAGACCUGGGAUCAUUAGCCCUUAAUUCUUGUCACUUUGCAUCACUUUGUGUAAGGCAGCUCACCUAAACAGGGAUGCUCAGACAAGCAUUGCUGCCUUGAAACAAAGCGAUGUUUAACCUUCAGAAGAUGUCACAGAAGGAACUCUCAGGUGAUCCAUCAGCUGAGUGCAGCAGAGCACCUCUGGGAGCAUCAGUUGGUGGGGAUGGAGGUGAGUGACAGCAGUGUGCUGCUGUCCCUGCAGGGUGCUCAGGCUGUAAGGCAGGGCUUGGAGCCUGUCUGUGGGUAGUGGGUGACAAGCAGAGAUGCACCUGUCGUGCUCUGGAGGUGGAAAUCUGCUCAUUCUCAUGUUUUAACUGGGCUCGUUGCAAGUGAGGACUCAGCUUGUUAUCGACAGGAGGAGAACAGACCUCUUUCUGUCUGUACCAGCACUUUUACAGUACUUCCAUCCCAGCACCAGUCAUCCAAUGAGGAUUUUGUGAAGCUUUAAGAGGAUGUAUCAUCUUCCACAUUAAACUUGAAAGGUUUUGGAAAUACAUUAGCUUCUUCCUCUCACCUGCCUACCCAAAAGACAGAAUCUACUAUAUUAAUCUUACAGCAUUAAACUACAGAACAAUAGCACUUACCUUUAAGUCAGUCCUCUGCAAGUUCUCUGAUUCUCCUCAAGCACUUCAAAGGUUGAACACUGAGCGUGCUGCCGAGCUGAACGCAGAGUUGGGUGCUAAUGAAUGGCACAGAAAAAAGGUUUUUUGACUCCCACAGCACUUGUUUGCACUGAUUGCCACUUUAAAGGGUGGGGGAACCUGAAAUCCCUCUCAUGGUGCUUAGCUGGUGGGUGACACUGAGCAUGUCCUUGGUUCACAAGGAGUGGUAGUUCUUGAGGUGAGUGUUCUGUUUGUUGGUGAGGCCUUUGUUUUAAAGCCUUAUGAUAAAUCAAACUUGUAGCAGCUACAGAAUUGUUCACCAGCACGACACAAAGUCAAGAUGCUCUUCAGCACUCAAAAGGUUUUUCAAAAUCUUUCUUUAAAAAUUGUAAAAUAUAUUUUAUGCAGGAUUUAUAAUUGAAAGAUUGU